AUGGACGGCGACGACUUUCACGCCUCACUUCAACAGCUCAAGCAGCAGCUUGAUUUCAUGAACAAGCGUACUGCUUUGACCCUUGACAACUUUCAUCAACAUUCGAACAAGGUAACACACAACUCAACCCAGGUUGGUCAAUUCCCCUCUGUCACCAUGGCAGACUAUGCGCAACAAAUCAAACACAUCGGCGCCACAGUCGGCGCCCUCGCUAGCCAACAAGAAGAUCGUUUUCAAAAACUUGAGCAUCAGCUCAAUCUUCUGUCUGACAAACUUGACCAUCUUGCUCUGAAUCACCCUCGUUUCACUCCCCCUGAAUCAUCCACCUCAUCCGUUCACGAAGACGCAGAGUGUUGCUUUGAUCCACCAUUUGGAAAGUCCUUCAACACACCACGUCAGCCGCUCGACAUGCCACAUGCAACUGUAGCCGACCUUGGUGGCUACUUCUACCCGAAUCGCCACAAGCACAGUCACACCGAUCAGCAAUACAUCUCGGAUGCCUCAACAUUCGUUGGUAGGGUCAAUCGAACACUUUGUACAAAAUCCAUCACCAACAUUGAGAUCUUCUUGAGAGGUUCUGCCUUACGUUGGUUCCAUAUCGGCCUCAGAAUCGAUGGUUCACACAUCUUCGAUGGUGAAAAUGGAGAAAUGAACAUGGCCAAAUUCUGCCAAUCGCUCGUCCUUCUUUUUGGCUUUCCCGAUCGUUCAAGACCAGAAUCUGAUGUCGAGGCUUUGCACCUCAAGCCGGCUUUCAUGCGCAGCGUCAUUCUCGAAGACUAUGCUUUCCCUGCUCUUGAACACGCACGUCGUCAAGGAACUGUGAGUGAUUUCGAGCUCGCUCUGCGCAGAGCCAUCGAACGUUACAACCAAAGCUCCACAUCCAUCACCGUGAACCCCGACAUAGCCAAGAACAAGGAUCUGCUCAAUGCAUUGGCCUGCCUCCGCCGCAGCGAAUGUGACCAGAGACUCGACAAGAUGUUGGCCCGCAAGCGACAGCGCUUCGACAAUGCAACAUCAGCUAAUGCACCAGGCGAGAAUGCAAUCAAGGCAGGCUCGACCGGUAACGAACUCCGACACAAAGUCGCAAAUUCCAGGAACCAGAUCAUGCAGGCGCAAAACAGAGACUGCACCGUGAAAAACCCCGCUGAAGGGGCUGCAGUCGCCAAAGCCGGCAUUGAAACUCCAAUCUCCACCAGACUUGAGGAUCCUAAGGUCUCAAAGUUGAUCGGGAUUGCGACUGAGCCUUACCCUCCAGGCUCGACAACCGAAUCAUGUCCUACGACUCCAAUUCUGCCUUGCCAAGUCUCAGCAAGCUUUUUGAAUGGAGCUCCUCAAAUGAGAAGCUUCCGCGAACAGCUGCAGGGAAUAGCAACCAUGGGCUCUGAUGAGGUCGAUCACAGCCUACCAGUGUCUCCCAAGACGGCCAAGAAGUUUGGCCUUCAACCAGGCCGUCAACUUACACAACAGCAGCGUUUCCAGAUGAAGCAACAGAUGCUUAUGCAACAAACGGCUCAGUCUCAUCAGAACGCCAUGAAGGAGGAGAAGGCAAUUCACACUGAUGACUACCCCAGAAAUAUCUCCCACCAGCAAAGUUCUGUACUCGCUAUGUGUAAACGUCCAGAAUACAGUCAACCCGACGAGAUUUCCCGCACUCAUGAGCAUGAUUUUACUUCUAGCUCAAACAGCGGUUCAAAGUCCCGUCUCGUGGCUCACCAGCAAGCCCUCAUGGAGCAGUUCAUGACUUUCCCAGAUGAGGAUCUACAAAAGUCUGAAGAGACAACCGACAAAUUCCCCGAACAAAUGUCGCAAUAUCUCCAGCACAAAGCAGCACAUGAAGCCAAAAAGCAGAACGGAGAGAUCAUACAGGAUAAACCGCGCACGUCCAAACAGGAAGAAACUGACUUGCAACAGAAGAAGCGCAAGCUGCUUGCUCUUGCCGAUAGGGCCAAUCGUGUAUACCAGCGCGAAGAACCACACAUCAACCCUCACUUAUAUUACGAGAGCGGAUGUGCCGCUAUGAAGGAAUCUAUGGAGCAAAACAUGACACGCCUCGAGCUUGGCCCUCUUAAUGAUCAGAACUCGACAAGCUAUGCUCAAAUGCUUGAAGACCACGCUGCAGCAGUAGCUGAAGAGAAUAUCCAUAAAGUUGAGCUGCCCUCCCGCCUCGCUUUCACCAGCGGCGAGCCCAUAUGGCAGAAGUUUGAGGCCGCUGAUGGUGCUGGAUCUCCAGCCCCAGAGGCCACUCAUCCUGUCGCACCAAAUCCCAAGCUUUCUGUCUACGUUCCUCCUUCCAUGCGUGGUGUCGCACCUUCCUCAGAGUCUGCACCUCCUGUCGCUGCUCCCUACAAGCGCUGGGCCCCUUGGCUCUCUCGCGCUGAUGGCGAAGCUCCUCACGCAUCUGGCGGUAGAUACGAGCCUCAAUCGUCUCGCGGCGGUUUCUCUAGCACUUACGGAAGUGGUGGCUUUGACAGCAACAGAACCAAGGAAGAUACGUGGACCCAAGAAGAAGCUUCGAUACUCGAGGCCGCCUUGAGAGAGGACGGAAGAAACUAA